AUGACAACGCAAGCCCAGCUACACUGCUUGUGCCUCCUUACACUCUACUUGACAACCGGAUAUGGCCAAGAGCGAAAGUUUAGUGGGCCCCUAAAACCCAUGGAAUUUUCAAUUUUUGAAGGCCAAGAACCGAGUCAACUCAUAUUCCAGUUUAAGGCCAAUCCUCCUGCUGUGACUUUCAAACUAACGGGGGAGACAGACGGCAUAUUUCAGAUACAACCUGAUGGACUUCUAUAUCACAACAAAAGCCUGGACAGGGAAACAAGAGCUGUUCACAGACUCCAGGUCUCAGCCCUGGAUGCUCAGGGCAAUACAGUGGAGGGCCCGGUCCCUGUCACCAUUGAAGUGAAGGACAUCAACGACAACCGACCUGUGUUUCUUCAGCAACAUUAUGAAGGCUCAGUAAGGCAGAAUUCUCGCCCAGGAAAGCCCUUUAUGUAUGUCAACGCUACAGACUUGGAUGAUCCAGCCACACUCAAUGGCCAACUUAUUUAUCAGAUUCUCAUGCAGCUUCCCAAGGUCAACAAUGUCAUGUACUUUCAGAUCAACAACCAAACGGGAGGAAUUUCACUUACUCCACAAGGGUCCCAGGAAUUGGAUCCUUUGAAGAAUCCUUACUACAAGCUGGUGGUCUCAGUGGCAGACAUGGGAGGCCUGACUGAGCAUUCCUUUAGCGACAGUGUACCUGUGGAUAUUACGGUGAAGGAGAAUAUUUGGAAACCGCCAGAACCUGUGGAGAUUGAAGAAAACUCGACUAAACCUUACCCCUUUAAAAUCACUCAGGUGCAGUGGAAUGAUCCAGGUGCUCUAUACUCCUUACUGGACAGGGAGAACACACCACGAUUUCCAUUUUCUAUCGACCAGGAAGGAGAUAUUUAUGUGACUCAGCCCUUGGACCGAGAAGAAAAGGAUGCAUAUGUUUUUUAUGCGGUUGCAAAGGAUGAGCAGGGAAAACCACUCUCAAAACCACUGGAAAUUCAAGUGAAAGUGAAAGACAUUAAUGAUAAUCCACCUACGUGUUCAUCUCCAGUGACUGUACUUGAGGUCCAGGAGAAUGAAAAAAUAGGGAGCAGUAUUGGAACUCUUAUUGCUCAUGACAUGGAUGAAAAAAACACUAUCAACAGUGUUUUAGAAUACAGAAUUGUGGAUCAAACUCCCAAAGUUCCUCAAGAUGGACUCUUCCUGGUCCAAGAAUACUCUGGAACACUCCAGUUAGUGCUGCAGUCGCUGCAUAAGCGGGACACUCCGCAGUACAACCUGAGCGUACAGGUGUCUGACAAAGACUUCAAGACCCUCUGCUUUGUGCAAAUCAACGUUAUUGAUAUCAAUGAUCAGAUCCCCAUCUUUGAAAAGUCAGAUUAUGGAAACCUAACUUUCCCUGAAGACACAGCCGUGGGAUCUGUCAUCCUAACCAUCCAGGCCACAGACACUGAUGAACCGCACACUGGGAGUUCUAAAAUCCUGUAUCGAAUCACACAGGGAGACAGUGAGGGACGUUUGGAGAUUGAAACAGAUCCCCAAACCAAUACUGGAUACGUCAAGCUUAAAAAGCCUCUUGAUUUUGAAACAGUAGCCAUUCAUAAUAUUGUAGUCCAAGCAGAAAAUCCUGAGCCUCUGGUGCCUGGUGUACAGUAUAAUGCGAGCUCUUCUGCUACCUUCAGACUGAUGGUGACAGACGUGAAUGAGGCCCCGCAAUUUUUCCAACAAGUAUUUGAAGCAAAAGUCAGUGAGGCUGUGGCUAAAGGCACAAAAGUGGGCAACAUGACUGCCAAGGAUCCGGAAGGUCUGGACGUCAGUUAUUCCCUGAGAGGCGACAAGAGAGGCUGGCUAAGAAUUGACCCCGCCACUGGUGAGAUCUUCAGUGUGGCGCAACUGGACAGAGAAGCUGAAAGUCUGUAUCGGGUACAAGUGGUGGCAACGGAAGUAGGUGGAUCCUACUUGAGCUCCACGGCGCAAUUCCACCUGACCCUUACGGAUGUGAACGACAACCCCCCACGGCUGGUCAAGGAGUACACAGGCUUGUUCUUUUGCUAUCCCCUCAAAGCACCCGGAAGUCUCAUUUUUGAGGCCACUGAUGAUGAUGAACUGACAUUUCGGGGUCGACACUUUACGUUUUCCCUUGGCAGCGAAAGCUUACAAAAAGACUGGGAAGUUUCCAAAAUCAAUGGAACUCACGCCCGUCUCUCCACCAAGCACACGGGCUUUGAGGAGAGAGUUUACAACAUCUCAAUCCGUAUCAGUGAUGGUGGCCGGGAACCCUUGGAAGGGAUUGUCUCUUUACCAGUUACUUUCUGCAAGUGUGUGGAAAAUAGGUGUUUCCAGCCAGCGGCUCACAUGCCUGGGAUACCCCCAGUGGGCAUGGCAGUUGGUAUACUCCUUGCCACCCUUUUGGUCAUCGGUAUAAUUUUAGCAGUGGCGUUUUUCCGGAUGAAGAGGGAGAAAGGCCAACAUAAUGCUGAAAGUGCUCAGGCAUCUGAAGUCAAGCCUCUGAGAAAUUGAAUGUGAAAAAGAAUGUUUGAGUUUAUGUACCAAGUGCUAUUUCAGUAACAUAACCAUUUAGUCCCAUAUUUUUACUUUUCAUCCAACAUGUGCACUGAAAGUUGUACAGAUAAACUCUCUUGUCUUGCAAUAUUUUAUUACUUUUAGAUAUUUCAUGUGCUAUAGACAUUAGAGAUAUUUUCCAAUUUCUCACGACACUUUUCUAUUCUGCAAAAGUCGUAACUAUUUCUCCAAACACAAAAAUGUGUGUUUUUCCCUCUUAGGGAAUGAGGGGCUGAUGAAAUACUCUGUUUAUUUUUGCUUCCUCAAGAGAUUUUAUCAGUCACCCAUCACAGAGCUUUCUGGAUUCCAUUUAUGCUUUUUUCUAAUUCCAUCCCGUGUCUCCUUCCACCAUAUCUCCUUUGGCAUUUCACUAAUUUUAAAACAUUUGUUGGAGAAAAGAACAAAGCAGAGUCUCAGGAAAAAAAACAAAAGGGCAGACCUGUCCCUCAGUUUGAACAGAAACUCUUGAUCAUUUGAAGAGGCCUGCUUCACAGACCCUGGUUGCAAACACCGACCACUCACCAUGUUUACUCACCACCUACCAUGCUCGUAUGCUGUGCAUGCUUCCUUUACAUGUAUAUUA